AUGUCCUUCGACAGAUUAAGUAGAAGUCGAAACAAGAACAGUAAUAAUAGCGCCCCACAUUCUAAUCAUCAUAACACUUCACCUUCUGCUGCUGCAAAGACAAGAUCAUUACUUAAAGCAGCUACUCUUUCACCAACUAGAUUAGAAUCUAUAGAGACUGUUUUGAAAAAGGGUGGUGGCACAACUAGUACCAAUGACAACAUCAUCGCUAAUAAUGUCACUGAUAAAAACAAACCUAGGAUUGAUGCUAGCAAAAGAACCAAAAGUAGCAAUGGUAUUCAUCAUGUACAUAGUAAAGAUAAAGAAUUAGAAUUGUGUUGCGGAAGAACCUUGUUUAAUAGUACUGAUAAUAAUAUCAGUGAUGGAGUAAAAGAAGAUGACCUUAACGAUAAAGAUGGACUAGAAUUUAAUACAAAAAAUUAUGGAAGAAAUCAUUUUAAUGGAAAUAAUACAAUGCAUAACAAUGACUUGAAUGCUCCAGACUAUGAACAAGCUUUUAAUUCAAAUAGUACUAGCAACGAUGAGGACAAUGAUUUGGUUAUCGAUGUCUUGCCUUCCUUCCAUUUAUAUAAUGCAUUACACAGACAUAUUCCAAUGGGUAACGUUGAUUCAGAUAUUGUAGCUUAUCCACCACGGUAUGAGGAACCAAAUACUACAUCCAUUAUAAACUAUGAUACCAAUGCUAACAAUGCUUAUACUUCUGAUACUAGUUCUACUGGGAUUAGCAUAAGACCGCGGUUGACUAGAGGCCAUAGCAGUACUGACAAUAUCUCUGGCCAGCCAAAUCUGCAUUUAUUUAGAACUCAAUAUGAACCAAUAAUCGAUGAUAUCGAUGAAGACAACGAAAAUAUUGCCAUAGAUAGAGUAUAUUCGCUCCCCAAGUUAUCAACACCUAUUGAAAUAUCCAUUAAAGUCACUAAAACCCCCGUAAGGCCAGACCAAAAAUUAGAGGAAGAGUCGAUUUUAAAGGAAUACACAUCAGGCGACAUUGUUAAUGGCUAUGUCAUUAUCUCAAAUAAAUCAACUGAAAGAAUGAAAUUCGAGAUGUUCUAUGUUACUCUGGAAGGGUUUACCUCAGUUCUUGAUAAGAAACUGGAAAAAAGAACAAUCAAAAGAUUUCUGCGUAUGGUGGAUAUUAGUGCAAGCUGGUCUUACAGUACAAUUGAAAUUUCGUCGGGUGUGGAAUAUGAUCCCGGAGCUAUUGACCCGGAUGAUGGUUGCAUUUUAGGUUUACCUAAUAAUAGGUAUUUGGAGCCCGGUCUAAAAUAUAAAAAAUAUUUCAUGUUCAAAUUCCCGUACCAACUAUUAGAUGUUACUUGUAAACAUGAACUUUCGACACAUACCCAGGUACCUCCGAGUUUUGGUAUAGAUUCUUAUGCUCUAAACGGAAAGUAUUCAAACAUCGGGGUCAAUCCAAUGUUGGGAUAUGGUCAUUUGGGUACUAAGGGGUCGCCAAUUUUAACUUUGGAUUUAGCACCAGCUUCUGUGGCUACUCAUUAUAGUAUUGACGCAAAAUUAGUUGGUAAAGAACCAGCCACGUCAUCUUUGCACCUGGGUCCAGAUGCUAACGGUAAUAAUAAUAAUAGCAACAACAGUUGUAAUAAAAAAUUGUUUUUGAUGAAGGAUGCUCAUUAUAACCUAAGAUUUAUUCCUUUUGGCACACCUUGUAAUUGGGAUCCAAUACUUGCACCCAAGUCACCGCUUUCUCAAUUAAAAAAAUUAUCUGAUUUGAUUAAAGAGAGACUAAAAAUGCUAGAUGUUAUUUUUGAAAAGGUCCAUAACAAUCAAAUCAUUACUCCAAAUGAUGUUUUUGGGGAAGAUUUCAUAGCUAUUAACAAUAAUGAGGAUGCUAUUGCUAAUAGAGAUGCUACUUCUACUGAUAUGAAUAACAUUGGUAAUAAUGAUGGUAACGCGAGGGUAAUUCCAAAUACUUCAUAUUUAGAAAGUGAAGAGAUUUUAAAUAGAAAAUUGAGAAAUCUAUAUGUCAAUAGGGAUGACAGUACUAACACUACCACUACGGAACAUUACCAUGAAAAAGGACAAACUUGCCAUUCUCAUUUUAUUAAUGAUACGGAAGAUGACAAUUAUAAAGAAGGUGAUAUUGUUAAACGUGAAUUUGCUUAUGCUAUUAAAUCUCACUCAAAAUCGAAAAAGAUGAAUUUUUUUUCAGCUUUUAUGGGCGCUUCUCAUUCCUCCAGUAAGUCUCAUGCCAACAACCCCGCUCCUGGCUCUGCGGUUAAUAGUAGUAGUAAUACUAGCCUUCAUAAACAACCAAAUUCUUCUAACUUACACUCGGGUAUUAUCAUGGCAUCCGCUACCAUUCCUCAAGGCGGGAUUUCCUACUCUGAACCAUCAUUGUUAAGGAAAACCAAUAAAUUUGACAAUAAAAAUAAGCAUGAUCAGGAAAAUUGGUCAAUAUUAACUAAAUCGUUAGGAGACUCUCCCAUUUUAAAAACCAUUAAAAUUAAUUUAGAUUGUGUUGAAUCCAAUAAUAGCGAGGACCACUGUCCACCAGAUAUCCAGGCUAUUUCUAUUGAUUUAAUUUCAAUUACAGGGCUCUCGACAAACCCAAUACCCAUUAAUUUGAAUUCCAAAUUUUUGUUGAAUGACAAAAAACUUGAGGCAAUACGCAAGGAGUUUGUUCAAUUACGUUCCGAAAUUGAUAAAUAUUUAGGAAAGUUUCUUCAACAUAAAGACAACAUUAACAAGUUGUACAAGACAAGCAUCACUACAUUACCACCUAUUAAAUUUAAUAAUUUUAUAUCAAAUGGAUUAUUGAGCGAUGUUAAUAGUAUAGCUAAUUUUAAUGUUGAAAAAAAAACUUUAAAAGAAGUAUUUUUGAAACAAUCUGUAUGUUUACUAAAGGAAGAAAAGGAAAAUUCUGAUAAUAUCAAACCCGUAUCAACUAGCACGGGUUUACUGUCACCAAGUGAUAGUCAUGGUUUAGCAAAAAACCAUGCAAGUAACACUUUAACAACUAAAAAAUCAGGCUCUAGUGCUAUUAAUCAACCCGUUUCUCCGCAGAUUUCAAUGAAAAGAACAGCCUCUAGCUCUUUAUUAUCACCUUUUAGUUCUGGUAAUGCAAAUUCCCAACACAUAAAUGAAUUGUUCAAGGAAUUUGUUGUGCAUGAAUGGAUUCGUGUUGAGCCACACCAUUAUAAAAGAGAGUUGGAUGUUCGUUUAAGGAUAACACCUGAAUUAAAACAAACUUUAGUACCUACUUUUGAGGAAUGCCUAUGUUGCAGGAUGUAUUGUUUACAUGUUAACAUUAAAUUUGCUGGUCAAGCUGGGAUAGCAUCCAUCGACAUCCCAGUAAAGGUUAUUCAUUAUUAG